AUGUCGGAGACGUCCCGAGGCGCUGACGCGCCGAUACAGCCAGCUCGUAGGGAGAAUAUCGUACUACCCCACUUUGAAGACUCGUUGGAGCGUCCACCGCGUGUGUGGCUACCUCGCACGGGCGUGUGGGGACAAACCAAGUACCUGAUGAGCGGCCUCCUGCCAGGAGCGCGGCGAGUUCCGCGCGAGCUGCCCAAGCAGUCAGAGAGCGGCUCGUCUGUGCCGCAUUUGCACAAGCUGCACGAGCAAACGAUGCCGCGCAUGUACCGGCUGCUGGGCAACACACGCUUGGCGCAUCUUCGCGGAUACCGCCAGGCAAGCAAGAUCGUGGUGAUCGGCGUGCACGGUUGGUACGCACAAAGCAUCCUCAAAAAUAUCAUAGGCGUGCCUAUCGGUACGUCGGCGUUGUUUGCAUCGAUGAUGUCCGAGUCCAUUCGGCGCAAGUACGAGGAGGCAGGGGUGCACCUGAGCCCUGAUGCCAUUACGGAAAUUGCGAUUCAACACGAUGGAUGCGUACGAGACCGUGCGGAUGCAUUCUUGGCAGCCAUCGCCCAAAAUGCAAAGUGGGUGAAUGCGCUUCGCGAGGCUGAGGCCGUGUUUGUGGUCGCACACAGCCAAGGCGCGAUCGUGUCGACGUUCCUUCUAGCACAUCUGCUCGACAAGGGCCUAGUGAAUCCGGAGCGUGCGCGCCUAUGCCAGCUGACCAUGUGUGGCAUCUUCCAAGGCCCAUUCCUGCAUGUGAAAAACAUGAUGACUUCAUCGUACCUCAGCUACUUCGAGACGGACGCCGCCCGGGAGCUCUUUGACUUCCAGGCUUCCGACUCUGUCGUCUCCAUCGCUCAUCGGGCGGCGUACCGGCGCAUCCUUGCUGCUGGUGUCAAGUGCGUGCACAUCGGAUCCGUGGAUGAUAAUGUCGUGCCGCUGUACAGCGCACUGUUCUCGUGCGCCGCGCAUCCGUCGAUUUUACGGGCCGUGUACGUGGACGGGAUAGCCUUCCCACAAAAGGACUUUUUGAUCAUGCUCAUUGCCCUAUGUGUCCUGAUUCGCAACUGUGGCUUCCACGACCACAACCUGCUCACGCUCUUGAGUGCGUCUGUGGCAGGACCCCUGUACACCGGCCAGGGCCACACGAACCUGUACUUGGAGCCGCGUGUAUACGACAUGGCCACCCAGUACCUUUUCGAGACGUACUCACCCAAAUCGUCUGGCGCUUCCGAAGUGCCCUUGGUGGGCAUGCCGUAUGCCCCACAGCGCUGGAACUCGUACGAACUGCCGUGGAGUCUGCGUGGCCUGCUCGAAGACAGCGUCAUCCGCCACUUUUUCAUGAAAGAUAUCCGGAUCAUGAUCAAAGACUAUGCUGCGUGGACACCCACGAGCAAGAAGCUCAAGGACUUGCAGCGCCGCCUGGCGCCCAUGUCCACCGUCCGUGUGCCCACCGAGCCGUCGGACAUGAAGGACGAGCCGUCCGAUGCCGACGAAGACGACCCCUUUCUUCCUGCCAUGGUCCUGCAUCCCAGAGCCAAGCUGUAA